UGCAUUGGUAGUCUUUGUUGGUGGUGUUAGAGCGAGAACCGAUGGAGCAGAGUAAAUUGGACACAUUUUUAUAUCUUCUUAUAUGGAACGCUGGCGCUCUAUAAAUGCGCUAAAUUCAGGCGCUAAGCUUUCCGAUGGAGGCGAGGCAACCGAUUUCCCUAGACUUGUGACUCGGGCAAUGUGAGGGGCGAAGAAAAGGAAAAACUUUAGUAGCUUUCUAACCUCUGGAGUAAUGUUCUCGUGGCAGAGAGAAAUAAAACAGAGGAAAGUCCGGCCAGGUCAUACAGUGAACGCCACAAACAGAGCCUUAACUUUGAGUGGUAAGAAUAAGAUGAACACUGAAUUGAGAUGGGCGAUGCCCACAUUCGCCCUCUUAUACCUCCGCAAACUGUAAGCCAGGAGGCAUUCGAUCGACCUUCCAACGCUCGCGCGCAGCAGCGGUUUCUGCGAUAACACCUUCAGCUCGUGACUCUCAGGUGGACCUGAGUUUGGCUGCGGGGCUCAUCGCAACCCGCUUUGGUGCGCAUGGUGGAUCGGAUGUUCGGUAAUUAUCACCGAAAAAGACGUACUAACUACGGAGCUCAUCGAAUAUGGGGUGUCGGGUCACAGGACAAGAUAACCGUCGGUGUAUUUAAGAGAUUCUACGACUGGAUGGAUGGAUGCGCAAUUUCGAAGAUUGAAGACCAUUCUCGACCUAAUUGAAGAAGGGGGAAGAUAUUAUCGACACGUGCAGACAAUGGCAAAAUUUAUAAGAGGUAUAUGCUUACAAAAGAUCCGAAUUUCAUGUACUUCUUGUAAUCUCCAAGCUGAUACUCAUCUCAUAGUUAGCUCACUCUACCGAGUUGAAUAAACUGAUUUAGCUACGACACUUUCGAGCCUAGAUAGUCAAGUCACAGCACGACAGAGAAAGCUCGCAGCUGUGCCAUAGCACCGUACUUUGGUGUGCUCUGAGGGGAUUCGAUGAAGCAAAGUGACUGGAGGUCAGGGUCCUGGGAGGUCACUUCUCAAAAGUAAAGCGAUGUCAUAGAAUUUCAAUAUCCCUGAUAAACCUCCGUAGAAAUGUCGGAAGUGCGUCAGUUAAAGAGAUCCUUCAGUUGCUGAAAAUUACGAACUUCGGGUUUGUGACUCAGCAUCCUGGUUUACUUGAUUGUCCUGGACUUUGUGGAGUUCUCAUACAUCAGCAGAAACUGCUCGUCAGCUUGGAGGGAACCUUUCUGUCCAGCUCACAAGUCUUUAAUAUGUGGAUAUUGACAACUUACUGCCAUUCUUCUGACGUUCGUGAAGGCAAGCAACUCUUCGUCAUCGGCUACAAAAAUGGUGGAUCCGAUCAUAGCAAAGGCUUAUUGAGGAGAAAAAGCUACCACAUUGAGCUGGAUAGUCGUGGCCAUCAGAUGUUUGAAUUGCACGAAUUGUGCUCCCAACAACGAAACAUUUGGCUCCAAGUGUUCUGCAGUUACUACGUGAUCUGCAAAAGGUGCAUGAUCGAAAAUUGUUGCAAAUCUAACAGAGAGAACCUGUAG